AUGUCUGACAAACCCGAUAUGGCUGAGAUGGAGAAAUUUGAUAAGUCGAAAUUGAAGACAGAAACGCAAGAGAAAAAUCCUCUGCCUUCAAAAGAAACGAUUGGACAGGAGACGCAAGCAGGCGAAUGGUAAUGAGGCGUGCACCACCAGUAUGCACCGUA